AUGGCGAAUCCUAUUGAAUUGGAAGACGAAGAUCAACAUUUGAAUUGGGUGGGUGUCUCACAAGCAAGCAAGCGAUCUCUAUCUUAUAGUUGUGGUUGUCAAGGAUACCGUUUCCAUGGUUUGGAAAUCAGCUACCUGCAAGUCGUCUCUUUAUCGGUGGAUUUUCAGAGCAAUGUUUUUAUCGGUGCCAUGGCGGAUCUCAUUCCUCAAGUACUUGUAUGGAUACCUUGGACGUUCUCUUACAAGUGA